AUGCUCUUCGCCCUCUCGUCGGCUCUCGUGCUGGCCGCCGCCGUGGUCGUCUACCGCGUGCGCCUCCACCCCCUCCGCGCCAUCCCCGGCCCCUGGUACGCCGCCGCCUCGUCCCUGUUCCUCUGGACGAUAUGCUACCUCGGCAUCGAGGGCCGCGUCAUGCGCCGCCUGCAUGAGAAGCACGCCACGGCCGUGCUCCGCGUCGGACCAAACUCCGUGUCUGUCUCGGACAGCAGCGCCAUACACGACAUCUACGUCGCCGGCGGCGGGUUCCUCAAGGACGACCGGUACCGCAACUUCAACCUCGGCCCCGUCGAGACCAUCUUUUCCACCCUCGACGGCGCCUACCGCGACCGCCGCGCAAAGGCCGUCGCGCCCUUGUUCUCGCCCGCCCAGAUCCGCGCCGAGAGCGGCCCCCGCGGCUCCGUCGGCCGCCACGUCGACAGCUUCGUUGCGCAGCUGGCCGAGCUGCGCCGCGCCCGCGUCCGGACCGACCUGCUCGACCUCUGCGCCAAGCUGUCCAUCGACGUCGUCUCCGACUACCUGCUCGGCCUGCCGUACGGCGGCCUGACCGAGCACGCCCACCUCAGCCUGCCCGACAGGCAGACGCGCGAGGGCAAGCUGAGCGCCAACGAGUUCGUCCACGCCAUCGUCGGCUUCGCCCGCUUCUCCCUGCUGCCCAACAGCCUCUUCAAGCUCACCUACGCCGUGUCCCAGCGCCUCAGCCACAGCGUCAAGGUGGACGAGUCCCUCGCCAGGAUCGGAUCCUUUAUCAACAGCGUCAUGGCUCGCGUCACCGACAAGAACAACACUGACAACAACAGCAACAACAACAAUACCAACAAGACGGCCGGUUCCAGAACACACCUCUACCCGGACCGCCUCCUCGCCGUCGGCGUCUCGCUCCCCGAGACGGCCGCCCAGAGCAAAGCCAUCCUCUUCGCCGGCGCCGACUCGACCGCCGUCGCCCUCGCCACGACCCUGUUCCAUCUCGCCCGCAACACCUCCGCCCGCACCCGGCUGCUGCACGAGAUCCGCGCCGCCGCGGCCGCCGGCAGCAGCAACAAGCAGCCCGACCUGGUCUUCCUGCGCGCCUGCGUCAAGGAAGGCCUGCGCCUGUGCAUGGCGAACCCGGUGCGCCUCACGCGCGUCGUGCCCCGCGCCGCGGACCUGCACGUCGACGGCCUCCGCAUCCCCCCCGGGACCACCGUCGGCUGUGCGGCGUACGUCAUGCAUCACGAUCCCGACGUCUUCCCGCACCCGUUCUCCUUCAAGCCCGAGCGCUGGCUCGACGAUGGUUCCAGCGCCGGCUUGCGCCGUCCCGCCAUGGAGAAGUCUCUGAUGCCCUUCGGCCACGGUCUCCGCGCGUGCCUGGGCAAGAACCUGGCCAUGCACCAGCUUCACCAGGCCGUUGCCGCCGUGAUCGACGCCGAGAUCCUCGACGGGGCCCGCACCGUGCAAGACGAGAUCGAGGUGGUGGAGUGGUUCAACGGGGAUAUAAAGGGACACAGCGUCGACAUUGAGUGGUGA